AUGUCUCCCACAACGUUGUUAACCGGAAGCAAUGGAUUUCUGGGCGCCACAGUCCUCGACGAGCUCCUGGCCCAAGACCACAGCGUCAUCCUCGCCGUCCGUUCCCCAUCCUCGGCCAAGUCUCUACUCGAUAAUAACCCGUCCUGGCCCACCUCCUCAUCCAGGAUCACCAUCGAGCUGGUCCCCGACUUCACUGUCCCGGGCGCCUUCGACGCAAUCUUCCAAUCCCACCCGGAGAUCGAGUACAUUGUGCAUGUCGCGGCGCCCAUGGUCGAUAUCCCCGACAGCGUCGGCUUCGAAGAGUCGUUUGAGAAACCUAACGUGUUGGGAAAUCUGGGUCUGCUCCGUAGCGCCAAGACGUACGGCAAGAAUGUGAAGGCCGUGAGUGUUACCGGGAGUCUGAAUGCCAUCACGCUCGGCGACCAGGAGGAUAUCAAGAACAGAGUUUUUGGGAGCGGGGAGUGGUUGCCCUUGGGGAGGGAGGAUGCAGUCAAGGCGGAGAGUAAUUACAUUUCGUAUUGUGUUGGCAAGAAGCUCGCCGAAAAAGCCCUGUGGAAAUUCGUGGAAGAAGAGAAACCAUCCUUCACCGUGACCAACUUCAUGCCACCCUUGAUUUUUGGUCCCAUGUUGCAGAAAGUUGCCGGCGUACAGAAAAUCAACUUCAGCAAUAGCCUGAUUCAUGCCAUAAUGAACAGCAAGAAGAGUGAGAGUGCAAAGGUGCCAAUGACGGCGUUUCCAGGAUGGAUUGAUGUCCGAGAUCUUGCAAAAGUCCAAAUCCUCGCGCUCACCAACCCCAAUGCGGCGAAUAGGCGGUUUGUUGUUGGACAUGCUAUGAUCUUCAAUCAGAUUGCCGAUGCGUUACGGAAGGAGUCCGCAUUAAAUAUCUCGGAUCGAAUUGGCGAGGAUAAUGAUGAGGCAUCGAGCUUAACACUGCCGAGGCUCGACACAAAGGACGUAGAUGAAGUGUUCAAGUUCAAGUGGACACCGUUAGAUGUGACUGCGAGGGACACUGCGGCCGCACUACUUAAGAUUGAGGCGCUUGAGGCUUGA